GUGGGCCCACAAAUAAUGGAGAAUAGACCAUGCUCCGAGACCACCUACUCUUUCCCAUGGGCCAAUCAAAACCGCCUGUCAUCUAAAACUGCUACUCUCACCGCCCGUCACCCAAACCUACUUUUGCCCCUCAGAAAUAAAUUCAACGUAACCAGAGGAAACAGAGAGGGUGGGUUCCGAUCGCCGGCGCCACCAUCCAUGGCGGCCAUCUCUCUUCAAUCUCUCCUUUCCCUCUCCAAGCCCAGGCCCAGCAUCCCCCACCCUUUCCUCGCCCCCACCGCCCGAAUCUUCUCGAAAACUAACCACAGACAGUUUCAUCUCACCGGCGCAGUUGCGGACGGGCAUGACGUCAUCCCUGUGCAGAGCGACGAUAGAGUGGACCAUCCGGACGGUGUCGUUUUGAUGGAAAUGGAAUCUGAUGCGACGGAGGUGGAGCCGGCGGUGGGAGGCUUUGGGGCCGAGGCAUCUGGGAUGCUGUCGUUUGAAGGCGCCGCUGGGUUCUCCUCCGCUGCUGCUUCCGCCGUAGACGAAGAGAGUCGCCGGCCGGAAAUCGAGAGGCUCGUCGAUCGGACAAUCAAUGCUGCAAUUGCACUGGCGGCUGGCUCUUUCGCAAUAACGAAGCUCCUCACAAUUGAUCAGGAUUAUUGGCAUGGAUGGACGUUGUACGAAAUAUUAAGAUACGCCCCGCAGCACAAUUGGAGUGCAUACGAGGAAGCUCUGAAAACGAAUCCGGUCUUGGCGAAAAUGGUAAUAAGUGGGGUAGUUUAUUCCCUCGGGGAUUGGAUAGCACAGUGCUAUGAGGGUAAGCCUCUGUUUGAGUUUGAUCGUGCUCGUAUGGCUCGAUCAGGGCUGGUCGGCUUUAUGUUGCACGGAUCUCUUUCUCAUUAUUACUACCAGUUCUGCGAGGCUUUAUUCCCUUUCCACGAUUGGUGGGUGGUUCCUGUUAAAGUAGCCUUCGAUCAGACAGCCUGGUCGGCAGUUUGGAACAGCAUUUACUACACCCUUCUAGGAUUCUUGCGACUUGAAUCACCUGCCACGGUGUUUGGCGAGUUGAAGGCAACCUUUUGGCCCAUGUUAACUGCAGGAUGGAAGCUAUGGCCCUUUGCUCAUUUGAUAACAUACGGCGUAAUCCCAGUCGAGCAAAGGCUUCUUUGGGUCGAUUGUGUGGAACUCAUAUGGGUCACGAUCCUGUCAACUUACUCCAACGAGAAAUCUGAAGCCCGGAUAGCUGAAACUCCGGUGGAGGCGAGCGCCACUUGUUCGACGCCUACAUUACCGGAGGAGAUGAUCAAUCAGCAAUGACUGAUUAUUGUUUGCAGGAUUCGGACAUCAUUCCUGCAGCGAAGAACAUUAUAGAUGAAAAUCGUGCAUCAUGUGAAGUUGUCUCUGCCGAUGUUCUAGAACUCAUUCUCUUCCGACUACCCGUCAAAUCUCUCCUCCGACUAAAAUCUGUCUCCGAGUCAUGGAACCACACCAUCUCUAAUCGAGACUUCGCCAUUGCACAUCUUCGUCGAUCCAAGAAUUCAUUGUUUCCCUCUCGAAAGAAGUUUCUUUUCUGGGACUUCUCUAACCUUUUGGAGUUGAAAAACAAUGAAUUGAAGCCAUUCUGGGAUCACAAAAUAAAUGGUUACAUUGUGUGGCAAUGUUGCGACGGCCUACUACUCUUAUCUAAUUAUGAUUCCAGUGGAAACAUGUUUGUCGCCCUCUGGAAUCAAUCGGCCAAAACGUAUACAAAUUUAGGGUUUCCUUUUCCA